UGGCACAAAGUUGAAUGGAGCCGCUGCAACACACUCUACUCAGCACCACGGACAGCGAACGAUCGGAAGGUCGGACACAAGAGAUCCAUCGAUACUGGAAAUUUAUUUGAGAAGGACUGAGUUUACAAUGGGGAUUUUGGCUUGGGGAGCUACACAUUUUAAAUUGAUCACACAGAGAUUUUGGCUUUUGUACUGCUCCCCAAAGUAAGUCUGAUCUCGUCUUGAUCUCAUUAAUAUGAUUUCAUUAGCGUAGUGUAGAGUUAAGAUAGGCUGGCACCCGUACAGUCAUAACCUACAUAUACAUUAUAGUAUGCGUUCAUAGCAGAUAUAAGCCUGUAAUCAAGCAGAUCUCCCGUGCGUAAAAGCUGUGGCGCUCUUCCAAUCGACACUCCAGCUUGACGCACGGCACGCCAUACAGUAUGACCCCAAAACCCAAAGACACUGGAGAGAUGACAACAACAAUGCAUCAUUCAUGGCACUGCGGCUUGUAGUGCGUAAUUACAGACACGAAUACUUGUGAAAACGGCGUUUAUGUUACAAUAUAGGAUAUAUUUGAGUACACUUUCCUCGUUGGAGUUGGUUCACGGAGCACGGUGCGCAAGAAGAAGAGCGCCGGUAGGUGAGCUCGCCUCUUUGUUUUAGCUGUGCCCAGAGCCUACGCGCACAUGUAACAGCUUACUAUGAGUUUAGAAGUAGUUGAGACGGAUGAAACCACGUCGUUUUUAACUGAUAUAAGUUAUAGUAAAUGUGGUGCUGCUGACUCGCCAUCUCUUGUUGUGUUCUAAAGUAGGCCUGUGGAAAGUAGCAUGAAAGAAGUACAGAUUUUCUUCUAAAUCGAUAAAAACGGGAGGAAACAAAUUAAAAAUCUGGACUGUCUGGCGCCAUCGUCUUGUCUAAAAACCAUAAUGGAGCCCAUAAACCAGACCCACUUUCAUCCUAUUUCAUCAGACCCGAACACCUCGUCUGCAGCCUCGCCCUCACCCUUCUUCUUCUCUUACCCCCGCCUCUUCAACACCUCCUUCAACCUAUCCACCCAGAGUGUCCCCUUUCAGGGCAGCAGUACUCUGAUGACCGCAAUCAUCUCCCUUACAGUCUUCAUGGUGGGUCUGACCGGGAACACUCUGGCCAUCUACGUGGUGCUGCGUUAUGCCAAAAUGAAGACAGUCACCAACAUCUACAUCAUGAACCUGGCUGUGGCCGAUGAGCUCUACAUAAUCGGGCUCCCCUUCCUUACCACACAGAACGUGCUCUCCUAUUGGCCUUUUGGCUCCUUUCUCUGCCGCCUGGUCAUGACUGCAGACUCUAUGAACCAGUUCACGUCUAUUUUCUGCCUGACGGUUAUGUCCAUCGAUCGCUACCUGGCUGUGGUUCACCCAAUCCGCAGCACCAGGUGGAGACAUCCCCGUGUGGCCAGGGUGGUGAGCGCAGCCGUGUGGGGCGUGUCCUUUGUGGUGGUCCUGCCCGUGGUCAUCUUCUCUGAUGUCCAGGACACAUUUAACUCCUGCAACAUGAACUGGCCAGAGCCAAAGCAUGUGUGGUCAACAGCCUUCAUUCUCUAUACUGCCACAGUGGGUUUCUUUGGACCGCUGCUCAUCAUUUGCCUCUGCUACCUACUUAUCGUUAUCAAGGUUUGUAAAGUCCAGUUUCCAACCAAAGUACUUUCCCCAGUGAACAUAUACCCUUUGCUGAGCUUUGUUCCUUUAUCUUCAUAUCCACUGGCGGAACCAGGGUCUUCAUUUAGAUCCCGGGUGUCAUUUUUUUCAGUUUUCAUCAUUGUUAUCACUGUCACAUUCACCCUCCACACCAUCUUCCAAAUUAAACUAUCUUUAGUGUUUAUCUGGAAGGUCAAGUCCUCGGGAGCUCGGGUGGGCUUCACUAAGCGUCGGCGCUCAGAGCGCAAGGUGACGCGAAUGGUGGUGGUGAUUGUGGUGGUGUUUGUGCUCUGCUGGCUGCCAUUCUUCAUCAUCAACAUGGUCAACCUGGUGGUCAUCAUUCCAGAGUCCAGCAUCACUGCUGGCAUCUACUUCUUUGCUGUCAUCCUGUCCUACGUCAACUCCUGUGCUAACCCAGUCCUCUAUGGUUUCCUGUCAGACAACUUCAAGCAGAGCUUCAGAAAAGUGCUCUCUGUGAGGAGUAUGAAGUGUAAGUCCAACGGUGUCGAUGAUGGUGAUCCCAGCGCCCCGCGCACAGAGAAGACCACAGCACACGACUGCAUUUUGCUCUCCCCUCAUAACCAGGUUUACCUUGAUCCCCAGAGCAGCCAGGUCUCUCCUCACCCUCCAGGCUCACCUACCUCUCACACUGCAGCUGACCUGCACUGCUCCACCCCUUCAUGUCAGUCUCCCUCCACUAUUCCAGGAACUGGACCCACCACUACCAUGGUAACCUCCAAGUCGACCUCAGCUGAAGCCCCCACCAUCACUGCUCUUACUACGACCACCUCCUCUGACGCCAUAGCCCCGUGUGUAACCAAGAAACAGUAGCUAUCUCAAGUACGGAUGUCAGGUGGUUUAGAAAGUGAAAAGAGGUGAGGAGAAGAAACAGGAUGUGAGACUAUACGAGAGGAAGCUGAGCGUUGGAUUAGUUAAAGACAAAUAGCAAAACGAAUCAUUUUGAGCAGUUACAAUGUGAAAAUUCAUUUUUUGCAAUAUUCCUGCACCUGCUCAUUCUGAAUGCAUCACUCCAUAUUGGUGAAACAACCUCCUGAAUAUUUUUCAUGUCUCAGUGCGUAUAUGCAGCUGUAUGAAUCACUCAGCUGUUUACCAAGCUCCAUUUUCUUUCCAUCCAGCCAUCUGACACAAAUGCCUUUUCAGGCGCUCUCAGCAGUCAUCAUGACUCUUAAUGGACACAGAAAUAUUUACACCUGCUGUUCUCUCAUUACCUGAUAGCCUAUUAUACAACAUGUAAGAAUGUGUUUUCCUUUCAGAGCCAACAAUGCCAUCAAGGAUAUAAUUAAAGCCAGGGAGGAAGAUUUCCUGGGAGCCAAUUAUCACGUUUGUUUGGGUAAGCUGAGCAUUGCAGGGUUCUUUACUGCAACAAAUGUGAUUCAGGCUGGAAGACAAAAGUAUUUUGAAAUACAAAACUACAGUUUUGUUUUAUUUUUCUGUAAUAAAGUAAACUUCCACUCACAUGUUGAAAUUGGAAUGAAAGAAAUUGACAUCUGUACAACUUUGUGGAAAAAGUCUGCUGUAAUCCUUUUUGUAUACUGUUUGUAUUUUCCGAAAAUAGCUUACUUGCUCAUUAGUGUCUUUCUGCAAACAUGUAGCCAGCCACAAAACCUCUAACCUCUUUGCCUCUGAUUUUGCAUAUUUGGACAUUUUUGCAUCAUGUAUGCAAUAACGUUUUGUGGCUGUUGUACAUAUAUGUACUGUAUGAAAAUGCUGUUUUUCUCUGCAGAAGCUGUGGUACUGCUAGGUUAAGGGUUUAUAAUAGCAUAUAUUGUUGUUUAUUGUACAAUACAUUAUUUAUGAUCAGGCUGGCACACCCUCCAUUAGGUUUGGCAUUUGAUCAUACUUAUGGUGCAACCUCCUUCAUCCUUAAGCUUUUAUUAUGAAAGGUCCUGUGUUGCGUUUUGGGACAGGAUGAAGAUGAUCUUACCACUGCCACCAAAAAUACAAAUUUCUGCCUUGUUGGUAGGUGCCCUUUAAAGUCUUUUAACAGGAUACCUCAGACACAUUUUCCUCUAACUACACUGACCAACGCAGGUAACCAUAGCAACAAUAUUUCUGCUUUGUGCUAUGCCACCAUUUAACACUAACUCAGUUCAACAGAAGAGUUAUUUGGACUGUAAACCAACUAAGAGAAGCCAAAAGAGAAAAACAUUAAGGCUGUUUAUAGUAGAAAGUUCUUUGAAACAUGAAAAACAAAGACUAUGUUGUAUGUUUUACUAGGUUAUAUGUAGUUUUUUAGGGGAUUUGUUACUGUAGGAUUGUGGGGUAUCUUUGGAAAAAAAUAGUGUGAUCUUUAACCAGACAUUUCUGCCUGCUGUUACCACACAAACACACCAUGACCUCUACAAAUUGUCACCGUCAGUCUAUGGAAAUGCAUUUUUUUAAGCAGGCACGAAGACAACUAGAGCUCUUGGUUUGCUCUGUGAGGAGUUCCUCCUCUGAGCCGUGGUCAGACGCAGCCCUCGUGCAAGGACAACAUCUGGUGCAUCAGUCGAUAGAUCUGAAAUCACAUCACAUGUUCAACACUGACAUAGCAGCUUGGUAUAACUGAGAUAUUUUAGUAUUUCUGUAUUUGUUCUCAGUGCUCUUCUCACUGGUUUGAGGUGGGCAGUGCAUAAGGACUGCCCUGUUGCACUGAAUUGUUUUGUAGGCUCAUUUUGCCUGACCUUAGGCUCUGCUUUUUAUUAAC